AUGGCGAAGGGCGACAAGGACGACGCGCCGGCGGACAAGCGCGUCGUGUGGAUUGAGCAGCGCAUAACCAAUGCUCUGAAACUGAAGCCCGCCGAGUCAAAGAAGCUUCUUGAGAGUGAAGAAAACCGAGCCCAGAUGAGUGAGUUCCUGGACACCGCCGAUGCGUGUCACCUCUAUGUAUACCAAGCAUCAACCGGUGCGUUUGUGACCCGCAUUGAGGCGCCUGAGGAGCUCAAGAAGAAGGGCUUGUUCUUCAGCAAGAUCAAGCGGGAGAAGAUAGCGGAUGAAAACCAUAUGAAGGAGAAAAUCACAUUUGGCGACUUCUCGCCUGACGUCCUCAAUAGCCUCAGCGCUGUGACGCGGAAUGUGUACGUGCAGAUCCUGAAGGGCGACAAGCGGAACACUGCGACCGUACCCGACGUGGCUAUUGGCGAACUCAUGGGCGACACCAACCAGCUGCUCUCGAACUUGCUGGUCAUGCAAGGCUUGAGCCAAGGUAAAACGUUUUUGCCCAUGCCACCCAUUCAGUUUCCUCCCCGCAUCGACGAUUUUGUUAUGGAUAAGGAGACGCUGUACCUGCUCGAGGGCACCGUCGUGUCGUGGACAGGGCAAAUCAAGGCCGCCAUCGCGUCGUCGCCGGAGGAGCUGGAGGAGGCCGCGCCACAGACGGGCCGAUACCCGUGCCCGCUGGAUGAGAUCCACUUCUGGAAGGAGAAGUCUGAGAACCUGGCUGGCUUGGAGGAGCAGCUGUACUCGGUGAAGUCGCUCAAGAUUCUUGUGUUGCUGAAGCGUGCAGGCAGCAGCUACUACGCCGCCUUUUCGCAGCUGAUGGCCGAGCUGAAGGAUGCUGCGCACGAGUCUCGUGACAACUACCAGUACCUCAAGCCCCUCAUUCCCGAGUUUGAGCAGAUGUCCAUGUCAGCUGCCAGCCACGUCCCCUUCGUGGAGCUCUCCAAAAGCGGCGUCUUCAAGCGCCUCUUUCACUUUUUGUACCUGCUGUGGACGCAGUCCGGCUUCUACAACAACCCCGCUAGACUUGUCUUCCUUAUCCGCGAGAUGGGAAACGCUCUGAUUGAGAUGGCCGCCGACCACGUCAACGUCGCCGAGUUCGCGGAGGGCCUGGAGAAGAAGGAGGUGAUUGAGCGGCUGAGCAGUGCGCUGGCGAUUGGCGGUGAGUUCAAGGCGCUGUACUUCCAGUACAAGUCACACGUGUCGUCCGUGGCGCGGCCGUGGAAGUUCCAGAACGCGGCGCUCUUCUCCAGGCUGGAUACCUUUCUGGAGCGGUGCCAUGACCUCCUUGAUGUGAUCGAGACAGCGCUCCUCUUCGACAAGAUGGAGAACAUGAAAAUUGGCGGAACCAAAGGCGAGCACCUGACGUCCGAGGCGGAGGAGAUUAAGCAAAUCUUCGACGUGUCCCUUGCGCGUUUCUUCAGCGUCGACUACGACCUUCUAGACAUUACGAACACGCGCUUCGACGCCGACUACGACGACCUCAAGUGUGUGAUCCACGGGUUAGAGGAGCGCCUGAGUUCAAUCCUCGUCACCACAAUCGACGAAUCCAGCGCCAUCACCGAGGUGUUCAAGGCUGUGGACACGUUUGAUGGCUUCACAGACAGGACGCCGAUGCAGCAGGAGUGGCUGAAGAAGCAAAGCGGCGUGCUGGAAGGCUUUCAUCGGGACCUGAUCAAGGUCCAGGAAACUUACUACGCGGGUGAGGCGGCUGGGGUGUACCCCAACAUGCCCCCUCUUGCAAGCACCAUUGUGCGGUGCAAGGCGUUGCUAGAUCGCAUCAACGAGAGCCACUCUCGCGUGGUCGACCUGUCCUCGACGGUACUGCAGGGCGAGCGCGGCGUUGAGGCACUUCAGCUGUACGGAAAGCUGAAGGAGCUGCUGCAGAGCACGAUCCACGAGAAGUUCGAGAGGUGGACCGCCCAGGUGGGCACUCUGCGCUCGGACAAGCUGCGGCUGCCGGUGCUUUCGGUGGAUGCCAACAAGCGUCUUUCGGUCAACUUCGACGCAUCGCUCGUGAAGACGCUGCGUGAGGUGUACUAUGUGGAGGUACUCAAUUCAUACGAAUCCUCGGGUGUUGGCCAGUUCGAGGUUCCGCGCGAUGCAGAGGCGAUCUUCACGAAGCGGGACGUGUACCGCGACCAGGCACUGAAGCUGGAGUACCUGUGCACAACGUACAACAACUUGAGCUCGAGCCUCCGCCCGCACGACGAGCGGCCACUCAUCGAGGAUGAGUUGCAGAAGUUUGAGUCCUUCCUGUCGUGUGGCCUCAAGGACGUGCGGUGGGAGGACGAGGACGCCACAAACGCGUUUAUCGAGGAGGCACUGAAGCAAGUCACGGCCAUUGACACAGCCGUGUCGACGCUGCAUUGCAACGUUCAGCAGAUGAAGAACUCUAUGAACAAGUACAAGACGGAUGACACACUCUUUCCGUUGGAUGCCGCGACGGGGGCAAAGACAAUGUCGGUGGUGGAGCUGCGCAAGACGCUUGGCGACUACGUUGAGUCGCGCGCAGCGGGGCUGCGCGAUAGAAACGACGAGAUCAAGUCGCUGAUGCAAAACAGCCUGCAAGCGCUGCAGACGUUGAAGGAGGCAAGCGGCGGUUCUGUUGUGAGUAGCACGGACGCGGUGUGGCAGGAUUACCUGGCGUACGUCAGCUCCGUUGCACGGGAGUGCCUAGCUGAGGUGGCGGUGACGUCACUCACAAACAUGCGCAACCAGCUGGACCCCGUGUGGCUGGCGGACCACGACGGUAUCCCGCUUGUCGAUGUGAAGCUCUCUUUGUCGAAGGUAACGGCAGACAACCCGACGUCAAAGUCGCGCUUUGAUCCUGCGCUCAUGACAAGCGACAGCGAGGAGACAUCGGUAUGGCAGAUGCUCAGUGACACAAUCGCUGGCAUAAUCGACUCUUACAGCCUCAUCGACCCAGUUCACGGCUCGACGUCGUACACGGAAGAGAUGCGGCAGGACGAGCACGUUCAGGCCCUCGUGGAGGAGAUUCAGACACUAUUCCAGCAGAACGUGAUGGCGUGCGAAGAGUACCGUCACGCGUACGACGAGUUCAAGUCGCUGUGGGAAACGGAUCGCAAGAAGGUGUUCGCGAAGUUCAUCGAGACGGACCAUCACCGCAACGGGCAUCGGCCGAGCGUCUCGAUGGAGGACGCCACAGCGGCCAUGGCGCAGGGGCAGAAACCAGCGGAGUACUUUGGUGUAAGCCUGCAGGAAUUCGAUCGCGCGAUUACCGAGUACACGCGCAUCCGAAGUCGACUUACCGCGAUCGAGGACCGCCACACGGAGGGCUCAGUGCUGAUCGACGUCAAGCCGUUGCGCGUGGCGCUGCGCGACCUGAGCCGGCGAUGGAAGGAGAUGUAUUCCGACUACCUGCUAGACAAGAUCAAGGCUGAUCUGAGUCAACUCUACGAGUUCAUCAAGGAGGCCGACAAGGGGCUCGAGGUGGAGGUGCUGGACGGCGACGUGGAUGCGCUCAAGUCCGUUAUGCGGUGGAUCCGCGACUGUCGCAAGCGCAACACGGAGGUGAUGGGUGAUGACGAGACCGGCGAGACAGGUGGAAUGUUCUUGCCCAUCAAGGCGGCCAUUGGAAUGCUGAAGACGCAUGCCAGCACUUCGCCAGAUGCCGAGGCGGAGCUGGCGAAGAUUGAGAAGCUCGAGGAGCUGCGGAAGCCUGCGCCUGAGCAGUGGGUCGCGCUGAACAAGAAGGCGCUGAACGCGCGCGCGCAGAACUCCAUCGUGCAGGACCGGGAGGCAGAAAAGAUCAAGGAGAAUGUCGCGGCGUUCGAGCAGGAGCUGAACUACGAGGUAGACGUUUUCCACCAGAACCCGCUGUUUACCUACGCCAUUCAACCUAGUGAGGUCUACAACGCUAUCGACAGCGUGUACGCACACUUCAUGGUGGUCGAGAAUAAGGCGAAGGGACUGCAGAACCUGCAGGACCUCUUUGAUCUUGCCGUGUCACAUUUCAAGGGCAUCCGCGAAUGUCGGCAGGAGCUGGCGCUGCUGAAGCAGAUUUGGGAUCUUAACUUUCACGUUACCUCUCAGUUCCGCGACUGGAUGCGGUCGACGUUCAAGGACGCUGACGUGAGCUACUUCGAGGAUGAGGCCAAGAAGAUUUCGAAGCAGCUGCAGCUACAGCCGAUGAAGGUGAAGGGGUGGGGCGUCUUCAAGGGUGUCGACGAGACAGUGCGCAACAUGCGCACGUCGCUGCCGCUGUGCGACUCGCUGAGCUCACCGUCUAUGCGGCCGCGCCACUGGGAGGAGCUGGUGCGCACGACGAAUCAGCCUGGCACCAUCGACCCCGCGGCUGCAGAUUUCACGCUUGAGAAACUCUUCGCCCUCGGUCUUCAUAAGUACUCAGAAGACGUGGCCAGCAUCGUCGAAAAGGCUGAGAAGGAGCUGCGCAUCGAGACGAACCUGUCAAAGAUCAUUGUGGCCUGGGAGAAGCUGCAGUUCACGUAUGAGAUGGACGCCCACCUGGAUUGCUACCUCCUCGGCUCCGUCGACGACGUUGUGGAGCAACUAGAGAACGACAGCAACGCCCUUUCCUCCAUGUUGUCUGAUCGCUUUGUGGAGUACUUCUACGAGAAGGUGCUGAGCUGGCAGAAGGACCUCGGGCUGGUGGACACGUGCACGACAAAGUGGAUGGACAUCCAGCGUCAGUGGCAGAACCUGUUCCCAAUCUUCGUCCUUUCUGAGGACAUCAAAGAGCAGCUGCCGAAUGAGGCAAAGCAGUUUAGCGAGGCGGACCGCGUGUUCCGGCUUCUCAUGAGCAAGGCGCACCUGUACACGAACCCGGUGGAGACGAUUUGCUCCGGCAAGCUGUCGGAGGAUAUAGGGCGUGGCGAAGCGCUAGAGGAGACGCUCAACUACAUCCAAGGCAUCCUGAACCGCUGCGAGAAGGCUCUGGCUGAUUACCUGGAGACGAAGCGGAAGCUGUUCCCGCGCUUCUUCUUUGUCUCGGACACGGACCUCAUCGACAUUCUUUCCAAGGGCUCCGACCCGCGUGCGGUCAUUGUGCACAUGAGCAAGAUCAUCGAAUCCGUCGACUCCUUCACCUUUGACAAUAACCCGUACCCCAACGCUGGCGCGGAAGAAGUGUGGGAGAUGGUGUCAAUCCAGGGAGAGAGGGUGACGCUGACGGAGAGCUUUGCAUGCGACGGCGCGGUUGAAAGCUGGCUGGAGGGGCUUGUGCAGUGUAUGAAGCGCAGCAUGAAGGUGCACAUCAGGGAGGCGAACGCGGGCUACCUCGAGAAGCCGCGAAACGAGUGGAUCUAUCAGUACCCGUGCCAGGCGGUCAUCGUAGCGUCACGUAUCUGGUUCACGACCGAAGUGCAUCAAGCCUUUACGCAGAUCGAGGAGGGCAACGACAUGGGCAUGAAGGACUUGCUGAAGAGCCAAAAGUCGCAGCUGGACAGUCUUAUCAAGGAGGUGCUGCUAGAUCGCUCGUCGACGGAGCGCAAGAUGCUAGUGCACCUCAUUACUAUCGACGUGCACAACCGGGACAUCGUGCAGAGCAUGGUGGAUGACCGCAUCGACUCCGUCGAUGCCUUCAGCUGGCAGUCGCAGCUUCGCUACUACUGGGACGAGAACAAGGGCAGCGAGAUCCGGAUCGCCGACGCCGACUUCAUCAACGGGUACGAGUAUAUCGGCCUGUGCGGCUGUCUUGUCAUCACAAAGCUGACGGACCGCUGCUACAUCACCCUCACGCAGGCGCUGCGCCUGAAACAGGGCGGCGCCCCAGCUGGGCCGGCUGGUACGGGCAAGACAGAGACCACCAAGGAUCUGGCGCGCAACAUGGGCAUUGCGUGCUACGUGUUCAACUGCUCCGAUCAGAUGAACUACAUUACUCUCGGCCAGAUCUUCAAGGGUCUUGCUAUGUCCGGCUCGUGGGGCUGUUUCGAUGAGUUCAACCGCAUCUCUAUUGAGGUGCUCUCCGUCGUCGCGACCCAGGUGGGCUCCAUCUUGAACGCGCUCAAGGAGAACAAGUCGCGCUUCCGCUUCGUGGGUGUGGAGAUCUCGCUCAAGCGCUCCGUGGGCAUGUGGAUCACCAUGAACCCGGGCUACGCCGGUCGUACGGAGUUGCCGGAGAAUAUCAAGUCGCUCUUCCGUCCGUGCGCCAUGUGCGUGCCGGAUCUUAAGAACAUUUGCGAGAUCAUGCUGGCCGCGGAGGGUUUCGGCGAUGCCAAGGAUCUUGCGCUGAAGUUCGUCACGCUGUAUCGUCUGAACAAGGAGCUGCUGUCACCGCAGGACCACUACGACUGGGGUUUGCGUGCCGUGAAGUCUGUCUUGUACAUCGCUGGCGCCCUCAAGCGCGGUGAUCCUGAUCUUCCGGAGCGCAACGUUUUGAUGCGCGCCCUCCGCGACACGAACAUGGCGAAGCUCAGCAAGGACGACGUGUACGUGUUCAUGGGUCUGAUCCGCUCGCUUUUCCCGAACCUCGAUGUGCCGAAGAAGAACAAGCCGGAGCUGGUCGCUGCCUGCAAGGCGGUCUGCAAGGAGCAGGGCAACUUGCCGGGCGAGAACGACAUCUUCAUCCUGAAGUGCGUGCAGUACGAGGAACUGCUGCAUGUACGCCACUCGGUGUUUAUCCUCGGUGCGGCCGGUGCGGGCAAGACUGAGUGCUGGCGCUGUUUGCAGGGCGCGCUGACAAAGCUACACCAGGACGAGUGGAAGGCGAAAGCGGUCUCGUCGUGCCUCAACCCAAAGGCGAUCUCCUCCAAUGAGCUAUACGGCUACUUCACCCCGCAGAAGGAGUGGCGCGACGGCAUUCUGUCGACGAUCUUCCGCGACUAUGCCGUGGAGUCGAAGAAAAAGAAGAACAUGAAGUGGAUCGUGCUGGACGGCAUCAUCGACGCAGAGUGGAUUGAGUCGAUGAACACCGUGAUGGACGACAACAAGAUGCUGACGCUCGUGUCGAAUGAACGUAUUCCGCUGACGGACUCGAUGCGAAUGAUCUUCGAGGUGUCGCACCUGCGCAACGCCUCGCCGGCGACAGUGUCGCGGGCCGGUGUCAUCUUCAUCAACGAAUCGGAUCUGGGCUGGGGCCCGUUCAAGGACAAGUGGAUCGCGUCGCGUGAGAAGCGCGAAGGUGUGAUCCUCGAUAACCUCUUCGACAAGUAUGUGCCGUUCAUCUUUGAGUUCUGGAAGCGCAGCAUGCGGCCGAUCGUGUCUGUGAUGGACAUCAACGUGGUACAAACCCUUUGCUUCCUCCUCGACGGUAUCUUCAAGACGAUGGAACCGGAGGAGCUGGCGAAGAACUCUAACCCUUUCGAGGUGUAUGAAAAGUACUUUGUCUUCGCCGCCAUCUGGGCCUUUGGCGGCCCGCUGCCGAGCUCCGACGGCCGCAUUGACAUGCGGCUCAACUUCUCAAACCAGUGGAAGAAGGAGUUCCCAAGUAUGAAAAUCUCCGACGCCGGGUCGGUGUUCGACUACUACAUAGACAAGACGAAGGACGACGGCGGCGCUGUGCUGUUCGACUGGAAGCCAUGGACGGAGCUCGUGCAGCCCUACACGAUGGACGCGGAUAUACAGCUGUCAUCUGUGUCCGUGCAAACCGCUGACACGGUGCGCAUGUCGUAUCUCAUGAGCCUUUUCGUCGACAACGCGAAGGGCGUCAUGCUGGUGGGUACUGCUGGCACGGGUAAGACAAACCUCAUCUUGUCGAAGCUGCGUUCGCUGGACAACGAGAAGGUGGUGUUCCGUGUCGUCUCGUUUAACGCCCGCACCUCAUCCUCUGGUUUGCAGGGAGUGAUGGAGCAGUCGCUGGAGAAGCGCUCUGGGCGCACCUACGGCCCGCCGAAUCGCAAGAAGCUCGUGUUUUUCCUGGAUGACAUGAACAUGCCAACGCCAGACAAGUACGGCACGCAGGAGGCCGUGGCGCUGCUGCAGCAGCACGUCGGCUACGGCUUCUGGUAUGAUCGUGUGAAGAUUGUGCAGAAGGAGGUGGUGGACGUGCGGUAUGUUGGUGCGAUGAACCCCAAGUCCGGCACUUUCACCAUCCUGGACCGUCUGCUGCGCCACUUCGCCGUUUUCUCGACGAAUAUGCCUGAUCGCGCAGACCUGGUGAGCAUCUACGGACAGAUUUUGCAGGCGCACACGAAGCCAUUCCCCCGGGACAUCCGCGAUACUCUCACGACGCUGCUCACAAAUGCCACGAUCGAGCUUCACUCGAAUGUGGCGAAGCUGUUCUUCCCGACGGCCAUCAAGUUCCACUACCAAUGGAACAUGCGUGAGAUGUUCAACAUUUUCCAGGGCGUGUGCAAGUCCAACCCGAAGCUGCACAAGAGCAGCCUGCAGCUGGUCCGUCUUUGGGUGCACGAGUGCAACCGCACGUUCCGCGACCGCAUGGCCGAUGACGCCGACAUGAAGCGCUACGACGCCCUGCUUCAGGAAGUCAUUAUGCGCGCCGGAUUCACCGACGUGAAGGCGAAGGAUGUGAUGGAGGAGCCGCUGCUGUGGGCGCCGUUCCAUACGACGCCAGAGGGGCUGGAGAACGUGUACGAUGAGACAAACUACGACGAUGCCGGCGCCUACCUGCGCAAGAAGCUGGCGGACUACAACGAGAACUACGCCUCCAUGAACCUUGUGCUGUUCAACCAAGCCAUCGAGCAUGUCUGCCGCAUUGCCCGUAUCACUUCGAACCCGCGCGGCAAUGCAUUCUUGGUCGGCGUUGGCGGCUCUGGUAAGCAGUCCUUGGCGCGCCUUGCGUCGUACAUCAACGGACACGACAUCUUCCAGAUUCUUGUGACGAGCACGUACGACAUUAGCGACUUCCGCAACGACAUGCAGGAGCUGUACCGAAAAUGUGGCGUACGCGGGUACCCGUUCGCGUUCAUCAUCACAGAUACACAGAUUGUGUCGGUGGAAAUGCUGGUGUACCUGAACGACAUGCUGAGCAGUGGUAACGUGCCGGAGCUGUUCAACCAGGAUGAACGCGAGGGCAUCAUCGCCUCCGUCGUAAACGAGGUGAAGGCUUCCGGCGUCGCCGACUACUCGAAUCCGGAUGUGUGCUGGGAGCACUUCAUCCACAAGGUUCGCUCGAACCUGCACAUUAUUCUCUGCUUCUCGCCCGUGAGCAAGAACUUUGCGUCGUGGUGCCGACAGUUCCCGGCGCUGGCCAACACCACCGUGAUUGACUGGUUCCUGAGCUGGCCGGAGCAGGCGCUUCGGUCGGUGGCGCAGCGCUUCCUUUCGGAGAUUGAUCUGGGAGGCGAGGAGAUGACGCAGAACAUUGCGGACUUCAUGGCGUACUGCCAGAUAAAGGUGACGGAGACGUGCGAGGAGUACUACGCGCAGGAAAAGCGGCACGCCUACACGACACCCAAGUCGUUCCUCGAACUGAUCGCCUUCUACAAGGACUUGCUAGCCCGGAAGCGGAAGGAGAACAGUGAUCAAACGGAUCGUCUCGUGAGCGGUAUCGAUAAGAUCAAGGAGGCAGGGGCGCAGGUGCAGGGGCUGCAAGAGGUGCUUCAGCGGGAGAGCGUGGAGGUGGAGGAGGCGCGACAGAAGACGGCAGCACUUCUCGAGACGGUGGGCCGCGAGAAGUCCGUCGUGGAGGAGCAGAGCGCGAUUGCGGCGAAGGAGGAGUCGAAGACGAACAAGAUCGUAGAGGAGGUGACGUCGUUCGAGAAGCAGUGCCAGGAGGAUUUGGCCAAGGCGCAACCGCUCGUCCAGGAGGCGCUGGCGGCCCUCGAUACUCUUGACAAGGCCUCGAUUGCGGAGCUCAAGAAUCUCGGCAAGCCGCCGGAAGAUGUGCAAAUGGUGGCCAUCUGCGUGCUGGUGCUCACGUCGAACCCGCGCUCGAUUCCGUCGAUGAAGCAGCGGUCGUGGAAUGAGUGCAAGAAGAUGAUGAACCAGGUGGAUCGCUUCUUGACGGAACUGCGCAACUUUGACGUGAACAACAUUCCCCAGGUGUGCAUCGACCAGAUUCAGGUGUACAUCAACAACCCCUCCUUCGACCCGGACAUCAUCAGGAACAAGUCCUUCGCUGCGGCUGGUCUAUGCAAGUGGGCCAUCGGCAUGAACCGCUACCACGCCGUUCGCUGUGAGGUGCGUCCGAAGGAGGAGCGGCUCGCGGAGGCGCAGCAGCGUCUUGUCUCAAGCCGCGCAGCGCUGAAGAAAAUUCAAGACAAGGUGGCGGACCUGCAGGCCAAGCUUGGCGCUCUGGUCAGCCAGUACGACGAGGCCGUGGCCGAGGCCGACGCGAUCGAGGCCAAGGCGAAGAAAACACAGAUGAAGAUGAACCUGGCGCAGCGCCUUGUGAGCGGAUUGGCGGACGAGAGUGUACGCUGGGGUGCCACCAUCGAAAAGCUGAAGGAGGCCGCGAAGCUGCUGGUCGGCGACGUGCUGCUGAGCGCAUCGUUCGUGUCUUAUAUUGGGCCCUUCUCCAAGGCAUUCCGCGAGCAGAUAGUGGAGCAGGACUGGCUGCCGGAAAUCAAGAAGCUGGGCAUUCCAAUGACGGAGGGUCUUGACGUGACGAUGGACGUGCUCACUUCGGAGGCGGCGGUGGCGUCGUGGAACAACGAGGGACUCCCCUCUGAUCGUGUCUCGACCGAGAACGGUGCCAUUCUCAACAACUGCAUGCGUUGGCCGCUCAUGAUCGACCCGCAGCUGCAAGGCAUCAAGUGGAUUCGAACCCGCGAGGAGAAGAACGGCCUGCGUGUUGUGCAGACCACACAGAAGGGCUGGCAGCGCACUCUGCAGACGUGCAUCGAGGAGGGCCUUCCGUGCCUUAUCGAGGGCCUUGGCGAGUUUGUGGAGCCCGUUCUCGACGGCGUUCUGAGUCGACAGACGUUCCGCAAGGGCGGCCGCGAGUUCAUCAAGCUCGGCGCUACCGAAGUGGAGUACAACCCGAAGUUCCGGUUGAUUCUGCAGACGAAGCUCGGCAACCCUCACUACGGCCCUGAAGUGAAUGCGCAGACGACCCUGAUCAACUUCAUGGUGACAGAGACGGGUCUGGAGGAUCAGCUGCUGGCGGUCGUGGUGAGCCAAGAGCGACCAGACUUGGAGAAUAAACGCGGCAUGCUGAUUCGACAGAUGAACACCAUGACAAUUGAGCUGCAGCAGUGCGAGAACGGACUGCUCUACGAGCUGACAAACGCAACCGGCGACAUCCUGGAGAACGUCACCCUGGUCGAAAACUUGGAGGCGACCAAGAAGAAGGCGAAGGACAUCAACGCCUCCUUUGCGCAGGCCGUCGUCACACAGAAGGAUAUCGCGCAGAACCGUCUACGGUACACCGACGUAGCGGUGCGCGGCUCUCUCCUGUUCUUCCAGAUUGAUCAACUGUGGAGGAUCGACCACAUGUACCAGUACUCGCUGGAGGCGUUCAUGGUGGUGUUCAACAAGGCUCUCGCCGGCGCACCGCAGCCGGAGAACAAGAAGGAUGUAAAAAAGCGCGUGGCAAACGUCACGCAGUCGAUCACGGAGAAUGUCUUCGCCUACGUGUCGCGCGGCCUGUUUGAGCGCCACAAGCUGAUCUUCUCGAGCCUCCUCACCUUCACCAUUCUCAGCCGUUGCAAUGAGAUCAACCUGAAACAGCUGGACUUCCUCCUCCGCGGUAAGAAGAAGACGGGCGUCGUGCGGCCAGAGACGGUAACGGCGUGGUGCACGCAACCGAACUGGGACGCGGUGCAGGCGCUUGCGGAAGUGGAGGGUGCCACGCCGUCGUUCAGUCUGCUGCCGAGCGACAUGGCAGAGAACAAUCGAUGGUUUCAGUACUGCGAGCUCGAGAAGCCGGAGGUGGAGAAGAUGCCAGGAGAGUGGAAGAACCUCUCGAACUUCGAGCGCCUGCUAGUGCUGCGUUGCCUGCGUCCCGAUCGUCUCACAGCGGCGCUGGAAAUGUUUGUGGGCACCACCAUCGGCCGCUUUUUUGUGUCUGAUCAGGCAGUGGACAUCUCCGUCUCGUACCAGAACUCGAGCACAACGACGCCGCUCUUCUUCAUCUUAUCCCCUGGUGUCGACCCGGUCAAGGCAGUCGAGGAGCUGGGCCGCAAACUGGGUUACACGUACGACAGGGAGAAUUUCUACAACGUAUCGCUGGGGCAAGGUCAAGAGGUGGUGGCGGACCGCGCGCUGGACAAGUGCUUUGCCGAGGGCGGGUGGGCGCUACUAUCGAAUAUCCAUCUGGUGGAAAAGUGGCUGCGCACGCUGGAGCGGCGCCUCGACACGUACGCGGAGACGUACACGCGCGUCGCGCAGCUUCGCAAGGAGAUUGCGGAACGGAAGGCCGGCGAGCGCAGCGCUGCUGCAGGAGGCGCCGGCGGCGGCGAUAAGGAGCAGCACGACGAUGAGGCGGCAGAGGACAAGUCGGCGCCCUCGCAUUGCGAGAGCGGCGAGGGGGAGACGGACGAGGACAUCGGCGACGGCGAGGAUGGUGCUGAGGCGGGCAGUGGCAACGCGGCGGGGGAUAAGAACAACAUGAUUGUGGUGACGGAUGACGAGAUCGAGUUCGAUGGCGUUAAGGGGCACCCCGAUUUCCGCGUGUUCCUGAGCGCGGAGCCGUCAAAUGUGAUCCCUAUUGGUAUCCUGCAGCGCUCGGUGAAGCUGACGUCGGAGCCGCCGACUGGUAUUCGGCAGAAUAUUGUGCGUGCCAUGAGCAACUUCAGCGACGAGCCGUGGGAGAAGAGCGCGAAGCCGACCGAGUACCGCUGCAUCAUGUUCUCCAUGUGCUUCUUCCACGCCGUCGUCGUGGAGCGCAAGAAGUUCGGCCCGCUGGGCUGGAACCGCGCGUACCCGUUCAACGCCGGCGACCUCACGACGUGCAUGGAGGUUGCGGCCAACUACAUUGAGGACCGCCCCAAGGUACCGUGGGAGGAUCUGCGCUACGUCUUUGGCGAGAUCAUGUACGGUGGCCACAUCACAGACGACUGGGAUCGCGUCCUGUGCAUGGCGUACCUGCAGAGCUACCUCAUCCCAGACUGCUGCGACGGCCUGCAGCUGGCACCAGGCGUUGCAGUGCCAGCGCCGGCAAGUUACCAGGAGUACAUGCAGUGGCUGACGACUAGCGAUGAUUUUCCGGCUGAAUCGCCGCUGCUGUAUGGUCUGCACCCCAACGCGGAGAUAAACUACCGCACGAUGCAGGCCGACGUCCUCUUCAAGACCAUCAACGAGCUACAGCCCAAGAAGCACAGUGGCGGCGACAUGCUGAGCCCGCAGGAUAUUGUGCAGCAGAAAAUCGACGAGAUUCGCGAGCGCUUGCCGGAGCCGCACAACCUGCAGGACUUGUCAGAGCGCCUCGAGGACGACCGCUCGCCUCAGCAGCACGUUUUCUACCAGGAGAGCGAGCGCAUGAAUAUCCUUAUUGAGACCCUGCGUGCGUCGCUGGAGGAGCUGAACCUUGGCCUGAAGGGUGCGCUGUCGAUGAGCACCGCGAUGCAGGAGCUGUUUGAUCAGAUUUUCCUGGACAAGAUGCCGGAGCGAUGGGCGCGCGUCUCCUUCAUGUCGCAGCGCAUGCUCGGCUCGUGGGUGGAGAACUUCAUGGCGCGCAAUGAGCAGCUAGUGAGCUGGAACGCCGAUCUGCAGACGCCAAAGGUUACAAAUAUUUCGCUCUUCUUCAACCCCAUGUCAUUCUUGACCGCCAUCAUGCAGACCACCUCCAUUAUCAACAGCUUUGAUCUCGAUCAAAUGGCACUGGUUGUGGAUGUGCUGAAGAAGUCUGCCGACCAGAUCGAGUCCAACGCGCGCGACGGUUGCUACGUGACCGGGCUUGCAAUGGAGGGGGCUCGGUGGGAUGGCACGGCUGGCUGCAUCGAGGAAAGCCGUCUAAAGGACCUGUAUCCCAAGAUGCCUAUCAUGCAAGUCCGCUCCCUGCCGCUGAGCAAGAUUGAUCGGCGCGACCAGUACGAAUGCCCCGUGUACAAGACACAGGCUCGUGGCCCCGGCUUUGUUGUCGGUUUCUACCUCAAGAGCAAGCAGCCGUCGCGUAAGUGGGUGAUUGCGGGGGUGGGCCUAUUGUUAGACGUGGUGGAGUAG